GGGAGAUCUUGGAGAAAGGCAGCCGAGUGUCUAUCGGAUACAACAUCUCUACCUCAGGGUAGGGGUAAGGUGUUGUUGUUGUUGAUGUUGUAGUAUAUAAAAAUUAAAUCCGGGUACUAAUAUUAAGGUGAUAGUAGCUGGAAGGUCACCUUGAUACUUUGCCCGUCUAGCACUUCAGGUCUCCGGUCCACAGUCUUUACCCCUUUCCCUACUCUUCACAACCCUUUUCUUGAAAGAGAAGUUAAGAAUCUGUAAAAUCCUAGUAUUUCAUUUGGGUGUUUGUUUAGCCUCUGAAUAUAUGGAUACUCUGAUCUUCAUUUCCCUCUUCAUUCUUAUUCUACAUGUAAAAGCACAGGCAAAUACAAACACAAAUAGUUGCUCACCAAUUAACUGUGCAAAUAACUCUGAUCUCAACAUUCAGUUUCCUUUCAGACUGCAGGAAUUUCAGCCUCAACACUGUGGUCUCCCUGGUUUUGAGCUAAACUGUAAGCAAAACAGUACCAUAGUCAAUUUCCCACCUUAUGGGGAUUUAGUCAUUAAAUCCAUUUCUUAUGAUCUAAAAAAGCUUGACUUGCUCGACCCCAAAAACUGUGUUCAUGAAGUUUUCUUGAAUCUGAAUCUUUCUUACACCCCAUUUAGUUAUUACUAUAUCUUGAAGGAGUAUCAGUAUCUGAAUUGUUCAGCUCAACUUUCAGCUUCUUUUUUACAAGUUCCCUGUCUAAGUAGCUUUGCACAUCAUGUUUAUGUUGUGGAAACAUCAUUUGUCCUGCCAGAUUUUUGUAGCCAUGUUAAAACUGUAGGAAUCCCAUUUUCAUAUAGUCCUUUCCUUUCUGAUAACACUUUUGGCCUUGGUUUAACAUGGCACUUGCAAAAUGCUCAAGACAGUAUAGCAACAAAAUUUACAACUUCAGUUCAACAAGAAGCAGGACAGUUUAAAGGACUCAGUGACAUAGCAAAUGAUAAAGCCUUGGCAUGUAUUAUCCUGUUCAUAUUUAUAGUGGUGAUGUUGUUAAGCAUAAAGAAGUUAUCUCAUUCUACAAAGAGAGUGGAGGUGGAGAAGGUGAGAGAGAAUCAGAAGGAACUUCAUGCUGCCAUUUUAGGGGACUAUGAAGCUUUGAUGCCCAAAAGAGAAUUCAUGGCCAAUGCUAAGGUGUUGAUGUUGAACGAUCUAAUAUAGGAACAAAAUUGUGACAAAAACAUUCAGAGUCAAAAAUGCUUUCUAAUUGUUUUAAAAUGAUUGAGAAAAGCUCAUAAAUGUCGAAAUCUAUGUGGAAACUUUUGGUGAGCUAUUGAAUACCAAAGUUCAUGCAAACGAGUAAUAUGAAGAAAUUGGAUGUUCUUUCA